AUGGCAUCCUCCACUCUUUUAGUUCUUGUCUAUUCCCUUCUCUUAUCCUCCACCGCUCUUGCAGCUUCCAUCCCUGAAAAAAAGAAAUACAUAGUAUAUCUAGGCGACAAGCCGCACCCCAGCGUCAAUGCCAUUGACCAUCACCACCGCCUUCUCUCCGAUAUCCUUGGAAGCCAUGACGCCGCCAAGGAGUCCAUCUUCCACAGCUACACCCUAAGCAUGAACGCUUUCGCCGCCAAACUGUCCGGCGAUGAGGCAGCUCAGGUGGCCGAGCUCGACGGCGUCGUCUCCGUCUUCCCCGCACAUUCCCGGAAGCUGCACACCACGCGUACUUGGGACUUCUUAGGUUUCCCUGUGACCGCCCCGCAUAAUAUCGCUGCUGAGAGCGACGUCAUCGUCGGCGUUAUAGAUACCGGCGAGUCAUUUACACUAAACCCUCCGGAUCGAUCCAUUUUCCCCCAGCUUCAACGACACCGGCUUCGGUCCUCCACCGGCGAGAUGGCGCGGCAAAUGCACCGGCAGCCACCCGUUCAAAUGCAACAAGUCAGCCGUGUUGCCAUUAACUGA